GGAACCUCGGCGCAGCGCGCGAACUCCGGAUCGCGGCGGCUGCGGCGGCUGCGGCGGGAGCAUGAACCUAGACCGUGAACUUCGCCAGCUGAGCAAGGCCAAGGCCAGGGCCCAGAAGAACGGGCAGCUGCACGAGGAGGCGGCCUUCUGCCAUCAGCUGGGGGAGCUGCUGGCCAGCCAUGGCCGCUAUGCUGAAGCCCUGGAGGAGCACCAGCAGGAGCUGCGGCUCCUGGAGAGCGCCCUGGACACCCUAGGCUGUGCGGUGGCCCACCGCAAGAUCGGAGAGCGCUUGGCUGAGAUGGAGGACUACUCCGCUGCCCUACAGCACCAGCACCGUCACCUGGAGCUGGCAGAUUCCCUGUCCAAUCACACAGAGCUGCAGAGGGCAUGGGCCACCAUUGGCCGCACCCACCUGGACAUCUAUGACCACUGCCAGUCGAGGGAUGACUUGCUACAGGCACAGGCUGCCUUUGAGAAGAGCUUGGCUAUUAUAGAUGAGAAGCUGGAGGGGACCCUGUCCCAGCGAGAGCUGAGUGAGAUGAGGACUCGACUCUACCUCAACCUGGGUCUCACUUUUGAGAGCCUGCAGCAGACAGCCCUGUGCAAUGACUACUUCAAGAAAAGCAUCUUUCUCGCUGAGCAGAACCACCUGUAUGAGGACCUGUUCCGUGCCCGCUAUAACCUGGGUGCCAUCUACUGUCGGGAAGGGAAGCACUCUCAGGCCAUGCGCUGCUUGGAGGGGGCCCGGGAAUGUGCACGUGCCAUGAAGAAGCGGUUCAUGGAGAGCGAGUGCUGUGUGAUGGUCUCCCAGGUCCUCCAAGAUCUGGGGGAUUUUUUAGCUGCCAAACGUGCCCUGAAGAAGGCCUACAGGCUGGGUUCCCAGAAACCUGUACAGAGGGCAGCUAUCUGCCAGAGCCUCAAGUAUGUGCUAGCAGUGAUCAGGCUGCAACAGCAGCUGGAGGAGUCUGAGAGCAGUGACCCUCAGGGUGCCAUGGCCAUCUGUGAGCAGCUGGGGGACCUGUUCUCUAAGGCGGCUGACUUCCCCAAGGCUAUUGAGGCUUAUCAGAACCAGCUGCACUUUGCUGAGCGGCUGAAUAGACCAGACCUCGAGCUGGCCACCAUCCACGUGUCCCUGGCCGCCACACGGGCAGACAUGAAGGACUAUCGCCAGGCAGUAUACCACUAUGAAGAAGAACUCAGGCUGCGCAAUGGCAAUGCUCUGGAGGAGGCCAAUACCUGGUUCAACAUUGCACUCUCCCGCGAGGAGGCUGGUGAUGCAUAUGAGCUUCUGGCUCCAUGCUUCCAGAAGGCUCUUAACUGUGCCCAGCAGGCCCAGCGGCCCCAGUUGCAGAAGCAGGUGUUGCAGCACCUCCUCACUGUGCAGCUGAGGCUACAGCCCCAAGAAGCUCCUGGCACCAAAACCAGACUGCAAGAGCUGAGCGCGGCUGAAGAACUGGUGGAGGAGGAGGAGGAGGAGGCGAUGGAAGAGGCGGCAGCUAGCGUGGCCCUAGAGGCCAGUGAGCUAGAGCUCUCAGAGAGUGAGGAUGAUGCUGACAGCCUGGCCUCGCAGCUGGAGGAGGAUGAGGAGUUUCAGGGUUGCCUAGGCCGGCGGAAGGUGAACAGGUGGAACCGUCGCAAUGACAUGGGGGAGACCCUGCUGCACCGAGCCUGCAUUGAGGGCCAUUUGCGCCGGGUCCAGGACCUUGUGAGGCAGGGCCACCCCCUGAAUCCUCGGGACUACUGUGGCUGGACACCUCUACAUGAAGCCUGCAACUUUGGACACCUGGAGAUCGUCCGCUUCCUGCUGGACCACGGGGCUGCAGUGGAUGAUCCAGGUGGCCAGGGGUGUGAGGGCAUUACCCCUCUACAUGACGCCCUUACCUGUGGCCACUUUGAGGUGGCUGAGCUGCUUAUUGAGCGAGGGGCAUCUGUCACCCUCCGAACCAGGAAGGGCCAUAGCCCACUGGAGACACUGCAGCAGUGGGUGAAGUUGUACUGCAGGGACCUAGACCUUGAGACGCGACAGAAGGCAGCAGUCAUGGAGAGGAGGCUCCGGGCGGCUUCUUCAGGCUCAGCCUCCCCAGCCUCCUGGACCGUCCCAAGUAACCACCUGUUUGAUCCUGAGACCUCUCCUCCCUCAAGCCCCUGCCCAGAACCCCCUUGGCACACUCCUCGGUCCUCAGAGGCCUCUCUAGCCUGCACCAGGGUUUCCCCACAGCAGGCUGCAUCAGUUGUGGCAAGGCCUCGAAGGAGCAGGCAUAGGUUGGCCAGCAGCAGCAGCUCAGAGGGUGAGGACAGUGCUGGGCCCCAAAUGCCAUCCCAGAAGAGGCCAAGGUGCUUUGCCCCAGCACAACGGGAUGAGGCCAGGACAGCUUGCCCUGCCAGCAUCAGGGAGGCGAGUACAGUGAGUGCUGGCCAGGCAGCCUAUCAGGCAGCCAUCCGAGGUGUGGGCAGUGCCCAGAGCCGCUGCCUCAGGCAGGGCCCUUGGGGCCCAGGUGAAGCCCCUACACCCCAGACAGCACUCAUUCCGGAGGAGGAAUACCUGGCUGGAGACUGGCUAGAAUUGGACACACCCCUGCCCCGCAGCCGCCCAUUCCGCCUGCCCCGCCCCCAGGGCAGUGGGGACAGCAACAGGCCCAGUACUGUAGGGCCAGACGAUGAGGAACACCCUGCCAGGCCCCGAACCCGGACCAGGCAGAGCCGCCUGACCUGUCUUGAGAGUUGCAGCACACUGGACAGAGCUGGAGGCAGCAGCUUGGCUGCAGAGCUCUCAGAGAGUCCCAACGUGCUCAGGCUCCCUGGGGAAAGCCCUGCAACAGGCCAGCCCUCGGGUCUAGUACAGCCUCCUCCCAUCCGGAUUCGAGUUCAAGUUCAGGAUAACCUUUUCCUUGUCCCUGUCCCACACAGUGAGGUCCACUCUGUGGCUUGGCUGGCUGAGCAGGCCUCCCAGCGCUACUACCAGACCUGUGGGCUACUGCCCAGACUCAGCCUGCGGAAGGAGGGCGCGUUGCUGGCCCCGCAGGACUCCAUCCCUGAUGUGCUGCAGAGCAACGAUGAGGUGUUGGCUGAAGUGACUUCGUGGGACCUGCCCCCACUUAUCGACCGCUACCGCAGGGCCUGCCAGAGCCUGGGACAAGGGGAACACCAACAGGUGCUGCAGGCCAUGGAGCACCAGGGCUCAAGCCCCUCCUUCAGUGCCUGCUCCCUGGCCCUGAGCCAGGCCCAGCUCACACCCCUGCUUCGAGCCCUCAAGCUACACACAACGCUCCGGGAGCUUCACCUGGCAGGGAAUCGGCUCGGGGAUGGAUGUGCCAGUGAGCUGCUGGCUGCUCUGAGCACCAUGCCCAGCCUGGUCCUCCUUGAUCUUUCGUCUAAUCACCUGGGCCAGGAAAGUCUACGCCAACUGGCCGGGGGCCCUCAAGGCCAGGCCACCUUGCAGAACUUGGAGGAGCUGGACUUAAGCAUGAACCCUCUAGGAGACAGUUGUGGUCAGGCCCUGGCUUCCCUCCUGCGGGCCUGCCCCUUACUCAGCACUCUGCGCCUGAAGGCUUGUGGCUUUGGUCCCAGCCUCUUCCUGAGCCACCAGGCAGCCCUGGGCAGUGCCUUCCAAGAUGCUGAGCGCUUGAAGACCCUGUCCUUAUCCUACAAUGCCCUGGGUGCCAUUGCCCUGACCAAGGCCCUGCAAAGCCUGCCCACCUGUACUCUUUUGCAUCUAGAACUUGGCUCCGUGGCAACCAGCAAGAGUGACUUGGGCUUCAUGGAGCCCAUUGUCAGGUACCUGGCCAAGGAAGACUGUGCUCUGGUCCACCUGACCCUGUCUGCAAAUUACCUGAAUGACAAAGCUGUGAGAGAACUAAGCAGGUGCCUGCCUCUCUGCCGCUCACUCAUCUCUCUGGACCUGUCUGCCAACCCUGAAAUCAGCUGUGCCAGCCUGCAGGAGCUCCUGUCUGCCCUCCAGCAGAGGCCCCAAGGCCUCCACUUCCUUGGCCUUUCAGGCUGCACUGUCCAGGGUCCCCUGGGCCCGGGUCUCUGGGACAAAAUCACCAUGCAGCUGCGGGAGCUCCAACUAUGUAGCAGAGGCCUGUGUGCCGAGGACCACGAUGCCCUGCGCCAGCGGCUGCAGAGUCCCAGCUCAUGCACUCUGACCCGGGGCCCCCAGCUCUUCUUCCGGGACUUGUGACCCUGCCCGUCCCCUGCCCAGAAGCCUCAAUAAACGUCUUUGCUGCC